GCAGAUUUAGUUUGCGGAAAGAACAAAAAAAGGCCUAGGUAGCAACUGUUUAAUUGGCGGGAGACUCAAUACUUUCAUAGCGACUACGAAAUGGCCUGAAGUAACAUCAUUUUUUAUCAGUGGAGUGAGGAAAACUUUGCAAAAAUGAGGCUACGUCGCUUUCUACUUAGAUAUUACCCGCCAGGUAUUAUCCUUGAAUAUGAACAGUCAAAGACAUUGAAAACAAAGUCAAUUGACCUUUUGGAUUUGAAACCAGAGUCUGAUGUUGAUGCAAUCCUUGAUGAUAUUGUUGCAAAGGAGCCGUUGGUGACACCAUCGAAAAUGGAGCAAGUUAGAAAGCUCAUCUUGCGGUUACAAGAAAAGCUAAGUCAACAAGACAGUAGAAAGUUCUACCUAUUCAAGGUUCUACGUGCUCAUAUUCUCCCACUUACAAAUGUAGCAUUCAACAAAUCUGGUUCCAGCUUUAUAACUGGCAGCUACGACCGAACUUGCAAAAUAUGGGACACUGCCUCUGGGGAGGAGCUUCACACUCUGGAGGGCCACAAGAACGUGGUUUACGCCGUCGCUUACAACAAUCCUUAUGGCGAUAAAAUCGCCACCGGGUCAUUCGAUAAAACUGCAAAGCUUUGGAAUUCUGAAACUGGAAAAUGCUAUCAUACAUUCAGGGGACAUACGUCAGAAAUCGUGUGUCUCUCCUUCAAUUUGCAAAGUACGGUUAUUGCAACUGGAAGCAUGGAUCACACUGCAAAACUGUGGGAUUUGCAAAAAGGAGUUGAAUUGUGUACACUCUCUGGGCAUUCUGCUGAAAUAAUUUGCGCGUCCUUCAAUACAGUGGGUGAUCAAUUGUUAACUGGCUCAUUCGACCACACUGUGAGCAUUUGGGAUGUGCGAAGUGGAAGGAGAAUUCACACGCUGAUUGGCCAUAGAGGAGAAAUUUCAAAUGCACAGUUCAACUUUGACUGUUCUCUCAUAGUCUCCGGCUCGAUGGACAAGACAUGCAAAAUCUGGGACACAUCGAGUGGAAAAUGUAUAGGAACUUUACGUGGCCAUGAUGAUGAAGUACUCGAUGUGUGCUUCGACUAUACCGGGCAAUACAUUGUCACUGGCUCAGCUGAUGGUUCAGCCAGAGUUUACAAUGCUGUCACGCAUCAGUGCAUCUGUAAGCUAGAAGGUCACGAAGGAGAAAUAUCAAAGGCGAUUUUCAACCCACAAGGUAACAGAAUCCUUACUGCUGGAAGCGACAAAACCGCUCGGCUAUGGGACCCUUUCACUGGUGAAUGCGUACAGAUCCUUGAAGGGCACACAGACGAGAUAUUCAGCUGUGCUUUCAAUUACGAGGGAGAUAUUAUCUUGACAGGGAGCAAAGAUAACACGUGUAGAAUUUGGAGAUAGCCACUGUCAGCCACGCCGAAUACGAUGUAAUAUUUUCCUAUGCUACAGAUUAUAGAUAGAACGUGAAGGUCAGUCCGUUCUGGUAUAGACGUCCUUGAUUUGAUCGCAAAGUUACCCUGAAGUCAUUUGUUCGUAAUUGACUGUUGUCGAAGUUCUUUACAAUGAAUUUUGUAUUCAAGAUUAGUUUUUAUUGCUCUAAAGAAUAUAAAGUUCUUUCACAA